GGAAGCAAAGAUGAAGACUGGAUGGGAGCAUAGACAGAGGCAAGUUCUUUUGAUCUUAAUUUUACUGGGAGUGGCUGGGGCAGGCUGGAAGCCCCACCGUUACUUUGUGUUGGAGGAAACACCUGGUGGCACGUUUUUGGCUGAUCUAGUUAAGGACCUAGGGCUGGAAGUUGCAGAGCUGGCUGCUCGAGGGGCCCAGGUGGUCUUUGAGGAUAAUGAAUCUCGCUUGCAGCUUGAUCUACAGACUGGGAAGCUCGUAUUAAAUGAAAAACUGGACCGGGAGAAGCUGUGUGGCUCCACUGAGCCCUGUGUCACUCGUUUCCAAGUGUUACUGAAAAAACCACUGGAAAUAUUUCGAGCUGAGCUACUAGUGGGAGACAUAAAUGAUCAUUCUCCCGAGUUUCCUGAAAGAGAAAUGACCGUGAAAAUCACAGAAAACAGCCCCAUUGGUGCUGUGUUUCUACUUAAAAGCGCUCAGGACUUGGAUGUGGGCAACAACAGCAUUAAGAACUAUAGCCUUAGUACCAAUUCUCAUUUCCACGUUUCCAUCCGCAACCGAGGUGAUGGGAGGAAAUACCCAGAGCUGGUGCUGGACAAAGAGCUUGAUCGUGAGGAGCAAGCAGAGUUCAGAUUGACUCUGACAGCACUGGAUGGUGGUUCUCCGCCCAGGGCUGGCACCUCGCGAAUACGGAUUAUUGUCUUGGAUGUCAAUGACAAUGCCCCUGAGUUUGUGCAGGCGCUCUAUCAGGUGCAAAUCCUAGAGAACAGCCCCGUGGGUUCCCUUGUUGCUAAGGUCUGGGCUAAGGAUUUAGACACUGGGACAAACGGAGAAGUGUCAUACUCUCUUUUACAUAGUUCUCAGGAGAUGAGCAAAACUUUUGAGCUAAAUGCCAUGUCAGGAGAGAUUCGACUGAUUAAAACACUGGACUUUGAGACAGCAUCUUCAUAUGAAGUAGAUAUAGAAGCAUCCGAUGGCGGAGGGCUUUCUGGAAAAUGCUCUGUUUCUAUUCAGGUGAUGGAUGUCAAUGAUAAUUAUCCAGAAUUAACUAUUUCAUCGAUCACCAACCCUAUCCCAGAAAAUUCACCAGAGACAGAAGUGGCUCUGUUUCGGAUUCGAGACCGAGAUUCUGGAGAAAAUGGAAGGACGGUUUGUUCCAUCCAGGAUGGUGUUCCCUUUACACUGGAACCUUCUGUUGAGAACUUCUAUAGAAUAAUGACAGAAGGAGCACUGGACAGAGAAAGCAGAGAUGAAUACAACAUCACCAUCACAGUCACCGACCUAGGCACACCCAGACUUAAAACCCAGCACACCAUAACUGUGCAGGUGUCCGAUGUCAACGACAACGCCCCCGUCUUCACAAAAACCUCCUACACCCUGUUUGUCCAGGAGAACAACAGCCCCGCCCUGCACAUAGGCACCAUCAGCGCCACAGAUUCAGACUCAGGCUCCAAUGCCCACAUCACCUACUCGGUGCUGCCCACCGACGACCCUCAACUGGCCCUCUCCUCACUCAUCUCCAUCAAUGCAGACAACGGGCAGCUGUUUGUGCUCAGGGCGCUGGAUUAUGAGGCCCUGCAGACCUUCAAGUUCCGUGUAGGAGCCACAGACCAAGGCUCGCCCACGCUCAGCACUCAGGCACUAGUGCGUGUCCAGGUGCUGGACAUCAACGACAAUGCACCCUUUGUGCUCUACCCUCUGCAGAACGCCUCUGUACCUUGCACUGAGAUGCUGCCCAGGGCGGCAGAGCCAGGCUACCUGGUCACCAAGGUGGUGGCUGUUGACCGUGACUCAGGCCAGAAUGCCUGGCUGUCAUUCCAGCUGCUCAAGGCCACGGAGCCAGGACUGUUCAGCGUGUGGGCUCACAAUGGCGAGGUGCGCACUUCCAGGCUCCUGAGUGAGCGUGAUGCUCCCAAACACAGGCUGUUGCUGAUGGUCAAGGACAAUGGUGAUCCUCCAAGGUCUGUCAGUGUCACUCUGCAUGUGCUGCUGGUGGAUGGCUUCUCACAGCCUUACCUGCCUCUGCCCGAGGUGGCACACGAACCUGCACAAGACGAGUAUGUGGUCACUCUGUACCUGGUCAUCGCCUUGGCAUCUGUGUCUUCCCUCUUCCUCUUGUUUGUGCUGCUGUUUGUGGGGGUGAGGCUGUGCAGGAGGGCCAGAGCAACCUCGCUGGGUGGCUGCUCUGUGCCUGAGGGACACUUUCCUAGCCACCUAGUGGAUGUAAGCGGCACGGGCACCCUGUCCCAGAACUACCAGUAUGAGGUGUGUCUGACCGGAGACUCUCAAAGUAAUGAAUUUAGAUUCUUGAAGCCCAUGUUUUCCAAUAUUCUAGGCCAAAACUGUGGUGGGCAAUCAGGAGAUAAUCCAUCCUUCCCAAGUAUUUUAGGCAUAUGA